UCGUUCCCAGGCCAUCCGAGCGCCUCCGUCCGGGCUACUCCAAGGUGGUGCACUUUGACGUUCCCAUCGCCGUUGGGGGUGAGAUUAUUUCCGUCAAUGGGCGUGGGGAACACAUGAAGAGCGGCCAUAGCCCCACCGGAGGUAUCCAUGGGAGGUGUGCGGGGCUUUCUCAAGUGGAUGCGAUUGUAAAACGUGUUCGUUACUAUCCUGAUGGCACAAAGAAGCGUGGAUCAAAAGUCAAAGAUAAAAGGCGUGAUGAGGAUUACCAGUUGGCUCGAGCUUUGGUGGACAUGUAUAACGACCCUCAUAAUCUUUUUGGGGAUCUUGCAUAUGAGGUCAAAGAUUUUCUGCAUGGCAAGCCGCUCUGGGAGGAUUAUUAUAUCCAUUGGACGUACUUUCAUAUGAAUUUCACUGCAAAGACCAAAGGAUCUUAUGGUGUUGACACUGGCAACCUAUUCUUUGCUGAAGUUGCAUAUACGCGAGGAGAUGGUGGACGUGGAUUAACGGUGAACAGUUGUUGUAUACUUGAACCUUCUGAUCAUGGCCUCUGCCAUGGUUGUUGUGGUGAUGUGAAGCACCCCAAUGAUGGUAAUGCAUAUGCUUGUGGUCGGCGGAACAUCUCGUAUCGUUUUCAGAAUGGUGCACCUGAUCUACCUCUGGACUAUUUCGUGGACCGCUAUUACGAGGACACAAGUUCUGAUGAAGAGGUGGAAAGACUGAGAUCUCAGUUCAAGGAUGUUGUUAAGGAGGAACUCAAGCCAUUGCCGAUGCCCCUCGUGGUUUAACUGCUCGAAGCCAAACUUAGAAGGGUUCUGGCAAAUAAAAGAAAAUAUUGUCGCCAUGCGCUGCAGAAAUUAUCUCCUCCAUGGGUUGAAGAGAAGGCGGCUUUGCACGAGGGAGCUAGCUGCAACGUUAAAUUAUUAGAUGAUGAAAGUGCAAACUUGUUGUUUUAUCGCAGUGGAAAAAACUUUUUUGGUGUUUUAUCAUUUGUGCCACUGACCGUGUGCAUAUCUCUCUCUAAUAAUCACAGUCGUCGGUUGUGUGCU